GCAGCACAUGAGCGUGAGCGAGUGAGAGAGCGGGACAGACGACAGCACGCGUGAGUGCUUGAGUGAGUGAGCAAGCAACAAAGUAAAGCAACGCAGAAAAAAGCUUGCCUAAAAGGGGGGGAGAAAAAAGAGAGAACAAAACAAAUCAAAGCGAAAUUCGGCAUUUAAAAUCCCAGACAUAAAAAAUGUAAUGGAAAGCAUUAGUGCGCAUAAAAAAUGGAUUUACAUAGCCUUUUUAAGGCCGUCCUGAUCCUGUAUGUCAUACGAGCCGAGACGAGCCAAAUUGUGAAUGGACUGGAUCUGCAGGGACCAAUAUUUCUCCAUGAGCCGCCGCAUCGCGUUGAGUUCUCCAACAAUUCGGGCGGGCUGAUAGAAUGCUCCGGCCAUGGCAGUCCACCGCCAGAGGUAAGGACACCCAUACCGCCGCAGCAGGACAUGGUUUUCCAGCUCUCCAAUGGCAGCAUGAUGUUCUAUCCCUUUACAGCCGAAAAGUAUCGCCACGAGGUGCAUGCCACAGUCUACAGAUGCAAACUCCGCAAUCUCGUGGGCACUGUCCUCAGUCGUGAGGUGCAUGUGCGCGGCGUCGUCAACCAGAAGUAUGCGGUCCAAGUGCACGACGAAUACGUGAUGACGGGCAACACGGCGGUGCUGAAGUGUCAGGUGCCCAGCUAUAUGUCAGAGUUUGUAAUGGUCACCGCCUGGGUGCAGGACACGGGCAUGCAUCUGUAUCCGAACACGGACAUUGGUGGCAAGUACACGGUGCUAUCGAACGGCGAGCUGUACAUAAAUAAUGCCGGGCCCAAUGAUGCCUACAAAACCUACACAUGCCGCACUGUAAAUAGACUGACAGGCGAAAUACAAAUUUCAACAUAUCCUGGCCGCAUUAUUGUAACGGAGCCCAAGGGCAUGGUACAGCCGCGCAUCAACGUGGAGAAGCAUUCGAUGCGGCAUGUUGUCCUUAAUGGGCAAACAACGUUGCCGUGCAUAGCUCAAGGACAUCCGGUGCCCACAUAUCGGUGGUUCAAGGAGGAGAACGAGCAGCUGCUGCCACUGCAGCUCAGCGAACGCAUCACCAUCGUGUCCGCCGGACUGCUGAAAAUCACCAAGGCACGUCUCGAGGAUAGUGGAAAAUAUUUGUGCUGGGUGAACAAUACGGCUGGCGAGGAGACCAUCCAAGUGUCGCUAACGGUGACAGCACCUUUGACGGCGCAUCUGCAGCCACAGGUGCAGACGGUGGAUGUCGAUAAGGAUGCGCAAUUUCAAUGCAUUGUCUCUGGCCAUCCGGUGCACGAUGUCAACUGGCUGCACGACGGCAAACCCAUACUCAGGGACAAUCGCGUGGAGAUACUCACCGAUCCGCCGCGUUUGAUCAUCAAGAAGGUGCAGAAGGAGGACCCGGGCAUGUAUCAGUGCUUCGUGUCCAAUGAAUGGGAGCAAAUUCAGUCCACAGCAGAGCUCCAAUUGGGCGAUGCUUCGCCGGAACUGCUUUAUUGGUUUUCGGAGCAGACGCUGCAGCCGGGACCGACGGUAUCAUUGAAGUGCGUUGCCACCGGAAAUCCACUGCCGCAAUUUACAUGGUCUCUGGACGGAUUUCCGAUUCCGGACAGCUCGCGCUUUUUAGUGGGUCAAUAUGUUACCAUCCACGACGAUGUCAUCAGCCACGUGAAUAUAUCAAAUGUCAAGGAGGAGGACGGCGGCGAGUAUACCUGCACGGCACAGAAUGCCAUUGGCAAGGUUUCGCAUAGCGCAAAAGUGAACAUCUAUGGAUUGCCUUACAUACGCGAAAUGCCAAAAAUAACUGGAAUCUCUGGCUCCGAUUUGAUUGUUAAAUGUCCCGUGGCUGGUUAUCCCAUCGAUAAAAUACACUGGGAGCGAGAUGGGCAAACGCUGCCCAUAAAUCGCCGACAGCGUGCCUACAACAAUGGCACCUUAAUUAUCGAGCAACUGCAGCGCCUGGAGGAUGCUGGCACGUACACGUGCAUGGCCCAGAACAAACAGAAGCAAACAUCGCGGCGCAACGUGGAGAUACAAGUGCUGGUGCCACCGAAAAUUAUGCCCAUCCAGGCGAUGACAAACAUGCUGCGGGAGGGCAUGCGUGCGGCCAUCUCCUGCCAGAUCCUGGAGGGAGAUCUGCCCGUCAGCUUUCGCUGGGAGCGCAAUGGCAAGCCGCUCAUUGGCACGGGCAACGAGGUUUUCCGCCGCUUGGAUGAGUACUCCGCCAGCCUUGUCAUCGAACACAUAACCUCGGAUCAUUCCGGGAACUAUACCUGCAUCGCUGGCAAUGUGGCGGGCACGGAGCGGUUUACGGUGCCCCUGACCGUGAAUGUGCCACCCAAGUGGAUACUGGAGCCCAAGGACUCGAGUGCCCAGGCGGGCGCUGAUGUGCUGCUGCACUGCCAGGCCUCGGGCUAUCCAAAGCCCACCAUUACCUGGAAGAAGGCAAUUGGACCGACGCCAGGCGAAUACAAGGACUUUCUGUACGAGCCCACCGUGCAGCUCUUUCCCAAUGGCACCAUCUACUUCAAGAAGAUCAGCAAGGAGUCGCAGGGACACUUUCUGUGCGAGGCCAAGAACAACAUUGGCUCGGGCGUCAGCAAAGUAAUCUUUCUCAAAGUGAAUGUGCCCGCUCACUUUCAAACGAAAACGAAACAAAUCUCGGUGGCCAAGGGCAAGCAGGUCCAUGUGCAGUGCAAUGUGCAGGGCGACAAUCCCAUUGACUUUAAAUGGAAAAUCCAGGCAACGCAACAGUAUCUUGACGAGUCGCUGGAUUCACGCUACACUAUAAGAGAUCAAGUGCUCGACGAUGGCAUGGUCUCCGAAUUGGGCAUUUCGCACACAUAUCGCCAGGACACGGGCAUUUAUAUCUGUCAGGCGAGCAAUGCAUUCGGACAGGAUGAAAUGUCCAUUCAGCUCAUAGUUCAGGAGGUGCCCGAACAGCCCAAGAAUCUUCGCAUCAACUCACAGCAGUCGCGCAGCCUGCAGCUCACCUGGAGUCAGCCCUUUGCUGGCAACAGUCCCAUCGAGGAGUAUCAUGUGUACUACAAGCAAAUAUCAGUCUUUGCGACAGAUAUCUGGCAGAAUGCCGAACACAUUACCAUCACGGGUGCCCAGACGGUGGUCAACAUACAGCAGCUGCGUCCCGCCAAGGCCUACCACAUACGCAUGUCGGCGGAGAACAAGUUGGGCGCUUCCGAGUUCUCCGAGGUGGUGCAGGUGACGACGCUGGAGGAGGUGCCCUCGGGGCCACCGCUGGCCGUGCGUGCCGAGGCCAAGAGCUCCACAGAGAUCUCCGUCAGCUGGGAUGCGCCCGAGCGGGAUCACUGGAACGGCAUUCUGCUCGGCUACUACGUGGGCUACCAGAUGUCGCUCACGCCCGAGGACAAGGAGGUCAACCCUACGCAGGGCUUCAGCUUCAAAACGGUCGAAGUGCGCUCCCAUUUCGGCGGCGAGACGAUACUCGGCAAUCUGAACAAGUUCACCCAGUACCAUGUGAUUGUGCAGGCCUACACCAGCCAGGGCAGUGGUCCACCCAGCAAGGAAAUUGCCGUGCAAACAAUGGAGGAUGUUCCCUCAUCGCCGCCAGAGUCGCCGCAGUGCGAUGUCCUCGGCUCCACAUCGAUUUACAUCACCUGGUCACCGCCGGACAUUGACGGACAAAAUGGCAAAAUCAAGGGCUACAAAGUGUUUUACAUAUCGAUCGAUGAGCUCUACGAGACCGAUCCGGAGGUUGUCAAGUCAACAAAUCAAUACGUCACCAUCGAGAAUCUGCGCAAAUACACAAACUACACGGUCUGGGUUUUGGCUUACACCAAAGUAGGCGAUGGCAUGAAAACCAAACCGUUUUAUUGCCGCACCCACGAGGAUGUGCCAUCCGCUCCGCAGGCAAUCAAGGCGAUACCCGCGUCGAGCACCAAAAUCAUCAUAUCCUGGCUGCCCCCGGACCUGCCCAAUGGUGACAUCACGGGCUACACCUUUUACAUGUCCAUGCUGGAGGGUGGCCGCGAGGAGGGCACCCACAAGCGACUGCUGGGACCCUUUGUGGAAAUGCACGAGACGGUGCGCACCCAGGAGUCGGCCACGUACCAGUUCUGGCUCACCGCCUCCACCAAGAUGGGCGAGGGCGAGAAGACGCAGGUGGUGACGGUGCCGCCGAAUAACAAGGUGCCCGCGCGCAUUGUCUCCUUCAGCCAGCGGAUUGUCACGCCCUGGAAGGAGCACCUGGAGCUGCCCUGCCGCAAGGUGGGCGCCCCAGCACCGGUGACAAUCUGGCGCCAGGAUGGCCACAACAUGGAGACGAGUGCGCGCAAGACCAUUGCCAAGAACGGCACGCUCUACAUGAAGGAGUGCCAGGCGAGCGAUGCCGGCAACUACACCUGCAGCGUGGAGAACACCUGGGGCAAGGACGAGAUCGUGUACAAUAUUGUGGUGAAGGUGCCGCCCGAGGCGCCCAAUCUGACGGUGAUCAAUGCCUACACGGACAGCCUGCAUCUGGAGUGGCUGGACAACAGCCACGGCGGCAGUCCCAUUCUCGGCUACGUGAUCAACUACAAGCGGGACAACGGCGACUGGGAGGAGCUGCAGGUUGAUGCCAAGACCACAUCCCAUCUGCUCAGCAAUCUCUGGUGCGGCACACGCUAUCAGCUGUACAUCACGGCCUACAACAAGAUCGGCACCGGACUGCCCUGCGACAUUGUCAACUCCUACACCAAGGGCAAUCCGCCCGUGCAGCCGAAACACUCCCAAAUGAUCACCAACAACUCGACGAGCGUCACCUGCUGGCUGGACUCCUGGGGCGAUGGUGGCUGUGGCAUACUCUACUUCAUGAUUGAGUCCCGCAUCUAUGGCAGAUCUUCGUGGAAUGUUGUCUCCAAUCAUAUUCCACCCACGGAGCGGAUCUACACAGUCAGCGAACUGACGCCCGGCACCAAAUAUCAGCUGAAGGUGACGGCACACAACAAUGCGGGCUCCACGACGGCCGUAUACAACUUUACCACGCUCUCCACACAAGGAGUUCUCUACACUAAUGAUCACUCCACACCUGUCUCCCACCUGAGCGAUUUGCCUUUCUAUGCGAACUUCAAGCUGCUGCUGCCCAUCUGCGUCUCGUUGCUCAUGUUGCUGGCUCUCAUUGGAGCUGCUCUGUUUCUGCGCAAGAGAAAACUAAACAAUCAAGCGCGUCUGGCCAGCUCUUCCCUGUCAGAGUCCCCCUCGCUGGCCAAUCUGCAGAACAAACAGAACCGCGAUCAGCAGUAUCUGGCAGUGCGUUGCAAUCCGGGCACUUCGCAGCCUCGCGGCUCCAACUCCAAUGAUUCGGGCAGCUUUGGCAAGGCGGAGGGCAAUGAGUACAUCGAGGACAUUUGCCCCUAUGCCACGUUUCAGCUGAACAAACAGACCUACAGCGAGAGCUCCUACAGCGGCAAUGUCUACAGCGGUCCAUACCACUCGGUGCGCGGAUCCUUUGUCUAUCACGAUGUCAAGCCAGAGAGCUAUCAUUCCAAGGAGCCGGAGUACACAAAAGUGCGACGAAAAGUGGGCCGUUUGAGGGAUCCCCAUUCGGAGAGUCAAGAAUCGGACAAUCCAGGUUCCACAGAUUCCGAAGUUAGGAAAAUCCUAACGCUUCACAUACCAAUUACAGAAUAUGACACACUCGGCUCCGAGUCCGACAAUGAUGUGUCUGCACGCGCUCUUAACUCGGCCAAGUAUCGCGCCCAACGUGAUACGCAAGAUGAGACCUCAUCAUCAUCGGAGACGACACCCACUAGCAUGACCCGAAAGUCAAAGCCACCGUUUGCGGCCCGCAAGCCGGGGAAGCCGGGCACCAGCGGCAAGCGGCACGUGCGAAGUUCCAGCGGCUAUUCGAGCCACAAUGAAGAAACUACUUUUAGCAUAUCCAACUAUCCACCAAACUAUCAGGACCACAUAAAUCCACCAGCUCGUUUUUCGGAUGCCAACGAGAAGUCAAAGACACAGACGUCGCCACGUAUGCGUGCCAAUCAGAAACUACAGCGGGAAGCCUUCCAGAUCAAUGUCUAAGGCCCCUCUAACCCUGAAUGGAGUUCUAGUUUUUAGACAUAAUAUUAUUAUAGAUGGUGGGGCAGGAUCUGUACAAACGAAUAUGAAACGAACAAUUGUACAAUUUGUUGUAAAAUCCACCCAGACUUUGGCGCCCACUUCCAAACAAAAACUAAACCUCCAAACUACAAAUCCAAAAAGAACAACAGCCGAAAACUCUUACAACUAUUUACAACAACAGAAAACCAGAAAAUGGCAACAAGAGACAGAUGGACAGACAGAGGAAUAUUUGAAAUUUUCGAGUGGAUUUUUGAUUUUCAACGAACGGAUCAGAUCAGAAACAGCACGAAAAAUAAACCAUAAGACUUAUUUACACACUGAUUAUGCUUAGUUGAACUUGAGGACAAAAAAAAAACGCUGCAUAAAUACGAGUAUAUAACGAAUGAACGUACAUCUAAAGUAUAUAAUUAAUGUUAUAGAUCCUAAAUUAGGCAUUUAAUGUAUGUGAGGAAGGAGGAGGAACUGCGGCAGGCCGCAGAUCAGUGAAUGCUCUGCAGAAAAGCCAAAACGAAACGAAAGCGACACGAAACGAAAGUAGAACCAUGGCAGAGCAUGAUCAAGUUGGAUUAAAUUAAAUAUAUAAAUGUAAUACGUGUACUAAAACCAUAAGCAAUGGGCAUUUGUGCAGAACAACUGCAGAAACUCUUUGCAUUUGUAGUAAGUUAUAAAAACAGAAAACAAUUAUGAGCAUUUCGUUGAAGUGAAUUGUUUGUUUAAACCAUUUUUGCGUCAGUUUGACAACUGUUAGCUAGUUAUUUAAAUGAAUUUAAUUGAUUUAAAAGGGAGAAACACAAUACAAUAUAAUAAAAUACAAUACCGAAUACCGGAAAUGCAUUCAGAUAGUUUAUGAAACUGUUGUAAAUAGCUAAGCGUCAUACAAUUAAAUUCUACACAGAGCGUGCGAGUAUUAUAUACGAAUAACACACACACACACACAAACACACAAGUAAAUGUUAGUGGAAAAGAUAACAUAAGAGAACGAAAAACAGGAACAAAAACAAACAAAAGCCAAAGUCGUAAACCAGCAUGCAUUUCCAUAAGCAGCCGCUCAAAAGACAUUUACUAACUAACCAAAUAUGGAAAUACUCACUACGGAACCCAGACGGAAACAAAAGUUAUAGCCGAAUAUUUGCCAAAGACAGACAGACAGUUAGACAGACCAAAGACAGACUCUGCUCCUGUACCAUACAUGCGAUUAUUAUAAUUAUACGAAAUACGAAUAUAUCUAUUUUCCAAUAGCUACAACGACAAAAAAAACCAAAAAACCCAGCAAACCAAGCAAACAAUACAUGACAAUAUGACACAACAAAUACAUGCAUAAAAUACCAAAAAAACAUAUAAAAUACAUUAACAAAA